AUGGCGAACAAAUUUAUUCUUGUUCCUCAAGAAAUUUAUAAAGGUCUAACUACUUUUGAUACAGGGGAACCUAAUCUUGAUUCUAUUAGAAACGAUCUUGAAAAAAUUAGUAGAAAGAAAGAUAAUCCAACAGCAAAAAAUGUAAAAUAUAACCAAGAACUCAGGCGGUAUUUACAAAUGAGGAAUGAACAACAGAAUAGACCUGUCAAAGUAGAAAUGGUAGCUACACCUAAAGGUGCAAUUUUGAGUACAAAUUCUACACGUCCAUCAUCUAACAUAAACGAAGACGAUGAUGAAAUUUUGACAACAGAUGAUAUUUCCCUGCCAUCUUAUCCUCAAUCUACCAAAGACAUAAAAUCAAUAAUUGAUUUCAAACCUACAAAAUUACACCGUCCAGUUUCUUCCUCAUCAUCAUCAUCCAUUAAAACCAGUUUUAAAAAAUUAAAAGGAAGCUCCCCACCUCCUCCACCAGAGCCUACUACAAAUCUUAAAAUAAUAAAGAAGGAACUAGGGUCUGAGCCAAAGAAAAGAAUUUCUAGACGUAGAAGUACAAAAUAUUCAACUUUUAGUUCAACUCAAAAAGUUAUUAAAAGAGAAUUAGAACAAGAUGAAUUUGAAAAUAUAAAAAGGAAAAAGAAAAAUGAUGCAGAAAUUGACCGAGAAGUAAAACAAAGAGUACGAAAAUUAAAAGAAAUAAAAAGAGAACGUUAUGAAAAAAGGCAACAAUUAUUAGCAAGACGUCGAAAGUCACAGAAACUCAAAGUUCCCUUAGACCCUUAUAUUAUCCAACAAUUGCGUAAUAAAGAUAAGAAAGGAGCGGCAAAAGGUUCAAAAAGGAUUUUAAGAGAGGGAAGAUCACCUUCCCCGCCCAUGAGUCGUCAGAAAGUAAAACGGAAAAAUGAGUUGGCGACAGAUGGACAUACAAUAGCAAAAAUUCAGAGGAAGGUUACGAAAAAACAAUCCGAAAGAGCUUCAAAAUUGUGGAUUAAAAAUCUGAAGAAAAGAAAUGUUCCAUUUCAUCCAUAUAAAUCAAAAAAUAAAUGGGCACCCAGAAAACCAACACAAAAAGAUAUAAACACUUUUAAACCUUCUCUGUGGUGA